AAGAAGCGAAAGCAAUGAGCGGCAGCUAGUUGGCUUUAGUUGAUUAAAUUUUGAUUUUAUCAAGCGGAAUCGACAAUAUUUAAGAAGUAAAAUAUAUCCGCGGACGCUGGACUUUUUUGUCAUUUGAAACGGGGCAGCUACUUGGACGAGCAGUUGUUGUCAAGCGGGAAUCUUGUGAAAUAAGCGGAGACAUCCAGUGAGUGCCAGGCUGAGAAAGAUGAUGAACAAUGAUGGUUUUUGAGCUGCCGACACACUGAGUUCUCCAGGAGUGGACAUCUAAUGAAAAAUUACUGCAACGUAACAGAUUCUGGCAUGGAAGACAAGGCUAAUGGCUCUGUUGAAACCAAAAGCCCAGUGGAAAAUGGUCAGUUGCCAGACCCUUCCAACUGGGGGGUUGUGGACGUUGUCAACUACUUCAAAGCUACAGGUUUCGAGGAGCAGGCCACUGCUUUCCAGGAUCAGGAAAUUGAUGGAAAGUCGCUGCUCCUGAUGACGCGUAAUGAUGUCCUGACAGGGCUGUCCAUAAAGCUCGGGCCUGCACUAAAGAUCUAUGAGUAUCAUGUGAAGCCACUGCAAACCCAACACCUCAAGAGCAAUGCCUCGUAGCACCGCAGGUCAGCCCAGCAUCCGCCUCAGUGACAAUCAUGUGUCAGGAGAACCCCUGCCAGGUUAGCUGGCGUUUCACAAAGACUCCUCGGCCCACAGUGGCACCUUAACAGGAUUUGAGUGCUGUAUGUUUUUAUGAGCAUGGACUCCAAAAUGGAUUGCACACAGUGUCCACUGUUUACUGUUUCAGACGUUCUCAUUGUUGCUGCUUGAGAUGUGUUGUUCUUUUUUUUUUCUUUUCUUUUUUUUGUGUGUUUUAUUUAAAAGACAACAGUUGGGGGAGAAUACUCUGCAGGUAUGAUUUAUCUUUGUGUAUUGGUCCUUGUCCACUAGUACCUAUUUGCUCGCCUCAGAUUUUGCAUUAUGUAUUAUUACCUGAUACCAGAUACUUUUUUAGUACCUGCUCGGCUGUGGUUCCAAUCGAGCUGAGUCGAGUCGAAAACGUGCCGUCUGCAGACGGCCGGCCGCUGAUUGGCCAGGCCACGAUGUCGCUAGAUGAGUCAGGAGAGCGGUUCGCCCAUUAGUAUCAAACCCCACCAUUUUUUGGAAAAAUGCGAUCCUAAAAAGAUCGAUCACAAUCACAGAUGGUUGCACAGAAAUCAGCCCUGUAGAGCAACAGUGAGGUCCAGACAUCUCUUCUGUUGGCUGACGGGCAGAUUUAGUGAGAGCUAGAUGGAGCGACCUGCAACCUGUCACUUGAGUUUCGAGUUGCCUCGAUCUGACAACUCCACCCACGCAGAGGUCGUGCUCUGUUGUAAUGGGAAGUGGCCGGGUUUGAGUUGAUCUGAGCCAAGCCGAGUCGAGCUGAGCAGUGCUGGUGCGCGCGCGUGUGUGUGUGUGUGUGUGUGUGUGUGUGUGUGUGUGUGUGUGUGUGUGUGUGUGUGUGUGUGUGUGUGUGUGUGUGUGUGUGUGUGUGUGUGUGUGUGUGCGUGUGUGUGCGCGCGCAAAAUGAAUUUACCUAUAACACUACGUAAUAAAAUUUUUACUUGUCUCUGUUCCUGGAUUGAAAGUGAUUUUUCCUGGUUCCUUGUAGGAAAACACCAGUUUCCCCCUUUAAACUUUGCUUUUAAAACCAGAGCCAUGAAGCCUUUUGUUUUCCCAUUUUCCACAGUAUUUCAUGUGGAAUAGGACAUGCAUGACGUAUUUAUAACAAUCCCUCCUGUCGUCAUGAGUCAAUCCAGUGCUUCGUGUUUGCGAGCAAUUGGUUCAAGCUCGGGGUGCUGUGCGUCCCAGGAGGGGUAGAUACUGUAUGGCUGCAGCCGUACUAACAUAAACUGAAAGCUGCUGAAAUGCAGAUCUUUACUUAAAAAUCAAUUAUUUCCUCACCAAAGACAAAGAAGCAAAGUUUGAACAGCAUAAUGACCAUGUCUUUGAUCUGUCCAGAUCUGAGAAGUGAGGAAAACGUACUUUCCACCCAGGAACAAAAUGUGUGUUACAUAGUGUAAUGUGUCACGGCAAAUCCCUGCUAAAAUCUGAGCACAAAUGAGAUCCACACACGAGGGAGCUCUGUGUGCAAGUCAAUCAACUGCAGAGAUUGAAAAUCUUUCUAUAAUCCAAAAGACCUGAAAUACAACCCGGCAAGUAUUGUAUCAUGUCAACCGUCAGCAAAUCACGUUUAAGUACUCAGUAACUGAAGGUUAGUACUCCUUCUGGAGCCGCUAAUCCUUUUCAGGGUUGUGAGGUGUAGUAGCCAAUCCCAAUUACCUGUGGGCGAGGCUGGGGAACACCCUGAACAGUGGGGUAAACACGUAUAGAGACACAUGUCACAUUCACACCAAGGGGCAUUUUAGGGUCGCCAGGUGGCGGUGUGGGAGGAACCAAACACACACGCGGGGAGAGCACCCAAUCUCCAGGCUAUUGAAAUUCGGAAACGUUCCCCCGAGACAGUUAACCGGGAUGAGGGGGCCUUUCUGCUUUCACACACCUGGGAUGCUGUACUCAAGAAGUCGGACUGCAGAUGGCGCUGUUCUCCCGCUUCCACUAGUGGGACAAUAGCGCCAAAACCUGUAUAAAUCAGCUGACAAGAUACGUCACAACAACAUCACGUGACACUCUGAAGAAGACAGCUGACAGCUGCCGAAACCGUCAGGUAAAUAACAAAAUACCACUCUGGUCUUCGGGAAAGAACCUUUGGUUUGAAUCUCCACACCACCUCGGCUGGUUUUUUAACCCGGGACCCUCUUGCUGUGAGACAUCACUAUGCCACCGUGCGGCCAGGUUAGUAGUCAUACUUGUAAAAAGCAGUUUUGGCGCCUCCCUGGACUUUAACCAAUCACGUGUCUGUUGUUGUGACGACUGGCUCCGCCCACUUACUGCCAAAAUGAAAAAAUUUCUCAUACCAGCAGGUGAAACAUUCAGUGUGUGUUCCUUCACAUUCUGCUCAUCAUUGAAGCAGGAUUUUAUCCUCAAAAGUCACAACGUUGCUCAUGCAAGCAGAGAUAUUCAACGUGCGAAGGCUGUGAAUGUUCCCAUAUCAAUGCGCGUGCGCAGUUGAUUGAUUUUGCAAGCACUGCUCGCUUACAUCCAUGCACAUUGAUUGUGGUAUGGACUUGCCGACAUGAUGGUUCUGAACAGUAUCUGUAUAUAAGAUGAUAUAAAGUUAAAAACUGUGUAUGGUCUGUUGUACCUGAACACUUGAUACACACAGAGUAUAACUGUCCAGCGUUUAAUUUUGACCUAACAUAUUUUAAUAUUCAACCUGGACAUCUUGAGUCCAAAAGUCUUAGCAUGUAAGAAUAAAGCUUUUUUGUUAUUAUUAUUAUUAUUUUUGCUGUCCCCCCAAACACACCUACCUGUGGUGCUUUUAACAUUGACACACAUUGACAUCUGUACUGAAGUGUGUAUGACUAAUAUAUAUGUGCAACCUUACACUGGAUUUUGAAUAUUUCACCCCAAGAUUUGCAAUAAAUGGUGCUCUUUUCUCACCAAAGA